CGACCAUCUCAGCUUCGAGCAAUACAGGACAAGAUAUGGAUACCGAUAUGAAAACUGAGGUGCUGUCCCCCGCGGACAAGAAGGACGAGAACGGCAAUGGCAUCGGACGAGAGAGCAACGGGAGCAGGGAAAAGGACCGCGAGAGGAGCAGGAGCAGGUCUCGCGAUCGCCGUGACAGGGAUUCCGGAAGAUCUCGCCGUCGUUCGGAUCACUGGGAGCCCGACCGUCGUCGCCGUCGUUCGCGUUCAAGGGAUGCCUCGCCGCGUGACCGCUCGCGUUCGAGGGACCGUUCGCGCGACCGUCGUCGUCGCAGGCGCUCUACCAGCUCACCUUCACCGCGCCGCAGUCGCUCUCGCUCUCCCGCUCGGCGGGGGCAGACCAAGUCUCUGGGCGGCCCGCUGAACGCCCCGCACGAGGAGGCCGUCGCCUUUGGCCAGAUCUCGAAGAGGGAGAACAGGCUCUAUGUCGGCAACUUGAGCUACGACUGUACAUAUCGGGACUUGCUCGAGUUUAUGAGGGGAGCUGGCGAGGUCCUGUUCGCAGAGGUAUUGGUGACGCCUACCGGGGUUUCGAAAGGUUGCGGUAUUGUCGAAUAUGCCAAUUCGGACGACGCUCAAAAAGCGAUUCGCGAGCUUGGUGAUCAGCCGCUGCUCGGCAGGCCCAUCUUUAUCCGCGAGGAUCGUGAAGAAGCCUCUCGAUUUGGUGCCACCCCUGUCCCAGGCAAAGUCGGCAUGGCCAUGGCAGGCAUGGGCAUGAACGCGACCGUACCUCCUCCGAGGCCUUCUUGGCACGGCGGUGGGUACCCUGGUGGAGCGGGUGGCGCAGGUGGAGGCGGGGGAGCCGGCGGACCAGGCAACCAGCUCUACGUUGGAAACCUGCCAUACCAAGCUGGAUGGCAGGAUCUCAAGGACCUCUUCCGCCAGGCUGGAAAUAUCAUCAGGGCCGACAUCAACUUCGGCGCUGAUGGUCGUCCUAAGGGCAGUGGAGUCGUGAUCUACGAAACAGCUGCGGAUGCGCAGGCCGCUAUCAGCAUGUUCAGCGGCUAUGACUGGUAUGGUCGUCAGCUCGAAGUUCGGGAGGACCGUUUCGCGGCCCUGGCUGGCUCCCGUGGUGGGCAUGGGGGUGGGUCUGGCGGGUUCCGAGGUGGCCGCGGUGGUUUCGGUGGCGGCGGCUUCCGAGGCGGCUUCGGCGGAGGGUUCCGCGGUGGUUUCGGCGGCGGGCGAGGCGGAUUCGGUGGCCCUGGUGGUGGAGGGAGGCAGUUUGACCAGAACCUAUAUGCGGACUACUCUGGCCCUGACCAGGCGGCGCCCGCCCCUGGUGGUGGUGGGGCCAUGGGCAAUGGCUUUGCUGGUGGGUACGGUCCGCAACCAGGCUUUGCAGGCGGGUUUGGCGACCAAGGGGGACAGCCAAACCAGCAGAUUAUGGUUCGCAACUUGCCCUGGAGCACCGCGAACGAAGACCUUGUGGAGUUGUUUGAGACGACCGGUCAAGUAGAGCUCGCGGAGAUCCUGUACGAAGGCACGCGCUCCAAAGGCGCCGGCGUGGUUCAGUUCGCCGAUACCCAGGAGGCGGAGACGGCGAUUGCCAAGUUCUCGCAGUACAUGUAUGGCGGGCGCCCUUUGGAUGUACGCUUCAAUGACAGGUGGCACAACUUUUCCGCUACGGCGGCAAAGGGAGGGCAAGUCAUGCCUCCGGUGUAGUCGGUUCGUGAGCAGAUCUCGUCCUUGAUACGGCCUGCUGGUUUCCCUGACAGGCCAGAUAUGAGUCUAUCAUCUAUCUUUCCGCCCCUCUUUGACAGUGUACGUUGGUGAUUCUAGCUAGUGACAGGAAAUGGGAUGCGAUU